CACUUGUGUGGUGUCGGGCGAAGUUGGUCAUUAAUAAAUGUACAUGUUGCAGCUCGCCUCACAUUCGAGUCUGUAGAUUGACCGAUCGCUAAAACUCAACGUCUUUUAGCGCAGAUACGUCUACAUACGUUUUGUUUGACUCGUACAGUACUCCUGCCUCUAUUACCAAUCUGUCCGAAACGAUCACCUCCUACUGGCGGAUUGGGUCUUUCGUUAGAGUCACGGCAAAACAAACGCCAAGAUGUCCCAACCAACCAACACAAAGACGCCUACUCCCUCCAACCCCUCGUCUCUAAAGCCCCGCUAUGAGAUACGUAAACUGGAACCUAAACACAUUCCCUGGGCCACAGCAAUUCUGGCUCACAGCCAUGCUUUCCAUUCAUCAGUCUGGCAGUAUAUUUGGCCAGACCGGGUACUCGGCCGCUGGGCCUUGAAGGGUGCUUCACAGAUGGAAUAUCUCGUAGAACACCAAGUCAACUCUGGGCUCUCAUACGGUGUCUUUGACACGGAAUACAAGUUCAAAACUAAAGAGGCUGAAGAAGUUGGUGGGAAAUUGUUCUGGGAUGCGAAUGAGCCAGAAGAAGCUAGUGUGGAGCAAACCCAAGGACGCAAAGCAGAAGGCAUGCGAUUGCUCCAACAGAUGGAUUUUCCGUUGGUCAGUAUAGCUCUAUCGUACGAUGGAUUUAAUGGGCUUGAUCCCGCAAGGAUGGGACCGCUGCUCAAAUUGUGGCCCGAGUUUACUGUGUUGUACGGUACUCUGGAGAAGCGCGACCCGAGAGAUCCUUCGGAGUGGAAACCUACUGCACCGAGGCAGGUGUUGAUGCGCAACGCCACGUCUACACGCCACGACUAUGAGGGCGAGAAAAUUGCGUCUGGUGCGGCGCGUUGGUUGAGGCGCGAGGCAAAGUUGAUGGGCUUCCGAGGCAUUCAGAUCGAGUGUAUGGCGAACGCUGUGACGUAUCUUUGGAGUGAUGGUGUUGAGGAUCCGUUCAAGGGAAGGGUGAUUAGUGAGUUUGAAACUGAGACUCUCGAGAUUGAGAAUGGGGACAAGCCGUUUGGGUUAGCGAAGCAGAGGGUUACCAAGUGUUGGGUCGACCUAUAAACAUGGUGGUGACUGAGACGGCAAUGGAGAAAUAAUACAUGAAAAGUAGACGGGCAGUAUAUUAUGUGAUGAUUCUUAUCA